UUAUUAAAAUCAAAAAUGAAGGAUUAAGUAUAAAAGUUUUUGAUAAGUAAAUCGAAAAAAAUAAUUUAAAAUAUUAAUAAACGCUCUAAAUAUUAAAAUAUGAAUAAAUGUGGAACAAGUCAUUGGUUUUGAGACUGCGAAAGUCGAUUCAAAAUGGCGCAGUUGUUGUUUGAUGCACUUACAGGAAAUGUGUCUGCAAUUGAUAGCCAAGCUGUUUUUGCAGUUCAGUCACUAUUAGAACCAACUCAAGUGGCAUCAGAUUCAGGCAUUGCUACGGUAGCAGUAACAGAUGAAGAUGAUGUAUUUCAGUGUGGAAAAUGCAAGAAACAGUUUACUUCCUUAAGCUUCUUCAUCGACCACAAGAAAGAACACUGCUUAAAUAUUUUAUCUACGGGAAAUACUGUGACGGCUCCAUCGUCCCAAGUUUUAAAUAAUACACAAAACACGCAGGUGACGGCGACGACUUUAAAUCAAGUGGCACAGCCGAUGCAGGCUCAGGUCCCAACUUCUCAACUGACUACUCUUGCUCCAAAUAUGGUUCUGAGUGAAGCUGACCUGUUAUCAUUGACAAAUAUUGAACAAAGUAUUGCUACAAUUGCGAGUUGUCCUACAAUCCAAACAGUAACUACCGUUACCAAUAAUCCACAACUUCAACAUAUUAAUCUUAUUGGCCAGUCGUCGUCGUCAUCACAUUCAGUGGAUCAGAUACAUCAGAAUCAGUCUACUCCACAGAUUCAAGCCCAUGCAGUCGGCUUAUCUCUUCUUACAAAUACUUUUGUUUCUACGCCUUUAUUUGUAGGUAGUCAGACAAGUCCUAAUCCUAAUAAUGUGUCAGGUAUGGUUGUCAGUCUAGGAAAUCCUUCGUUAAACAAGGAUACAAUCUUAUCUCCAGUGAACAGUAAUUCCAGUAACAAGCCCGAAAGUUCGGACCAGUUACUAACUGAAAUGACUCAGUCGCAGAAUCAUGAAAUUUCUUCAAAAAAUUCAAGUCAAGAUGAUGAUUCUAUAAAUGUGGCAAAUGAAUUACAGAAUAAUCAGUCUAAACCCAGGAAACGUGUAAAUAAUAAUUCUGAAUUAGCAGAAAAUGGAUCAAAAAAAGUGUCAAAAUUAAAAUGCAGCUAUUGUGAUAAAUUAUUCGGCAAGAAUUUUGAUCUGCAGCAACACGUUCGAUGUCACACUGGAGAAAAACCAUUUCAGUGUAUUGUUUGUGGACGUGCAUUUGCCCAGAAGUCAAAUGUUAAAAAGCACAUGCAGACUCACAAGGUUUGGCCUGAUGGAUUAGCACAUACAUUGCCAAAACUGUCAUAUUCUGAUGAAGAAGAAACAAACAGUGUUCCUGAUGGAGUGAAUAAUGAAUGCUAUCAAACAAAGAAGAAUAAUGAUGCUAUGGAACCCGAAAAUGCCUCGAAGACUCCAUCUUUAAAAAAUGGUUACGUUUGUCCAUAUUGUAAAUUUACUGGAAAGUCUUAUUUUGUAUUGAAGAGCCAUAUGAAGCAGCAUAAAAGAGAAAAGGUGUAUAAAUGUAUAUUAAGCACAUGCGGAGAGAUGUUUCACGAUUUGGAUCCUUUUCUGGAACAUACAAAAUCGCAUGAGAACGAAAUGACCUACAGAUGUCAUCAGUGUGACAAAACAUUUCAGACUCUCUACGAAUUGGGAGCCCACCAGUAUUCCCACAGUUUGUUUCCAAAUCGUGGAACCAGAACACAACCGAGAUUUUUUCGAUGUUCUCAGUGUCUUAACAAGUAUGCCACACCUGCCGCUCUGGAUCAUCACAUGGCUACUUCGUCUCAUAAUUAUGCCUGUCCUUUUGUCUCUUGUAAUAAAAUAUUUCCCUGCGAAAGAUAUCUUCGACGUCACUUGCACACGCACGGAACCUCGGACGUACACAUCUGUAAAGACUGUGGUAAAGGAUUUAAAACCGAACACUAUUUAAAAGUACACAUGCUAACGCACAGUGGAGCGAAACCAUUCAUGUGCGAACAGUGCGGUUCUUCCUUCAACAGACGAGAUAAACUAAAGAGGCACUAUCUUGUUCACGAACCCAUUAAACGUUUGAAGUGCCCUUUUCGUGCUCUCGCAGGCUGUCCGAAAGAGUUUAACAGACCCGACAAAUUAAAAGCACACAUUUUGACUCAUAGUUGUAUCAAACCUUUCAUGUGUAAGUUGUGUGGUAGAAAUUUUACUAGAAAAUCUCACUUACGGGAUCACGAACAGAUUCAUACGGAAAAGAAUUGUCCAUUUUAUUGUAAACAAUGUGGAAGAGGUUUUGAACAGGAAAAUUCUUUACAAAAUCACCAGUGUACAGAAAUGGUUAGCGUACGGAAACGUCGAUUGGAUCACAAGUUUUAUCGGGGACGACCUAGGAAAUUAAAAUGUACAAACUUUGACAGAGGUAAUAAUGUUCAGAUGACUAGAAGGCAGGGUCAACUGAAGAAAAUGAAUAACUUAACGGAGCAAAGACAAGAAACAAAAUCCGGAAGUAUGCCCGACAGCGACUUGUCGGACAUAGUGGACGACGACAUUCCCACGGCCCACAUAGAAAUAAUAUCCACCAACGAAAACAUAGGAUCUGGGGAAAUAACAGAAAUUUCUUUACCGGUAGCCGUUACGAACGGUCAGUUCCAACCCAUUCUCACGCAUAAAGCCGAACAUUUGAACAUCAUAAGUGCAUCGUCUUCAUCCGACAUCACCAAUAAAUUUCACAUAGAUAAUGCCAAUAACGUCACAUUAUCUAAUAAUAUAUCUCAGGUAUCAUUGAUAAGUCAAGAUUCUACGGAAGUGAUGGAAAUUCAGGAUUCGCACAUCACCCAAAUCGCAUGCACUGUGGUCUUGCCCCCAUCCGAAACCGCAGUUAGCUGAUAAUUCACAUCCGACAUUCCUUUAUAAGCAAAUUAUUUCAUUAUACAUAAAUUAUGUUUUAUACAUAAUAGUUAUUUUAUUUUAGCAAAUUAUGCUUACAACAGAAGGAAGAUAAAAUUGAAUUAUGUGGCAGAAUUUCUUUGAUAUAUAAUUGGAGUAAGUUUUUGUCGUUUGAGAUUAUUUUAUAUAUUUUGUUAUGAUUUUGUGUCUCGACAGACUCGUAACAACACAAUUUAUGUAUAGAGCGGCCCAAAACUCUCAAUCAAGAUUAUUUGUAAUUGAGUCAUUUCCAACAAAGACUAAGUUUUUCCCUGUAUAUUUCAUACAUAACAUGCAACUUCUAUAAUAAGACAGUUAGUUACCUUAUUGCUCAUUUAUAUAGAAAUUUGGUACGAAAUUAGAAAUAGUUUUAUUGAAAGCUGUCAUAAUUAAUUUUGAUGUUAAAUUUCAUAUAAAUUCUAUGAAACUGGAAGUUUUAGUAUUGUCGUUUUGUAGCUAGAGAAAUGAAUUUAGUCCUAAUGUGAAUGGAUGUCAUAAAGCAAAAAUGCAGAGUUUGCUUUAACAUUUUUGCUGCCAUCACGAAAGAAAAAGAUGCAUCAAAUUUCAAUCUAUCAUAGGCAGAUUACGAAUGAAAUAUUUUUCAUUUAGAGCAAUAUUUAUGGAAUUACUGUAUAUGUGAUGAUGCAGAAGCGAGUCAUUGACAUCUACUGAAGAACAAAAUGAAAAAGCAUUAUAAUUAAAUACAUUGUGGGAAAAUAUGAAACUAGGCAAUAAAAAUCUCUGCAAUUUUAUCUUUCUUGCAGCAAUUUUUUUAUAAUAAUACUACAAUCUCAAUUAUAUUUUGAGUUUAUUUAUCUAAAAUCUUUUGAGAAAGUGGAAAUUCCCAUAUUUUUAAAAAACGAACAAGUUUUUUUAGUUCAAAUUAUCUAUAUAAUCCCUGUUUGUUAAGAAAAUGGGAAAUUUCCACUUUGUUGAAAGAUUUUAAAUAAGUAAGCUCGAAUAUAAUUGCGAUUGUAACAUUAAUUUCUACCAUGUUUCUUAUACUUCCAGGUAGUAAUAAAUAACAUCUGAAAAGUUAUAUGCAUGCAAUUUAUCAAAAAUUUUGCACAAAAUCAUGCCAUUAUCAUAUGUGGUGAGGGUCAUAUGACUCAUUUGUCUGCGGUGAAAGUGUUAAUAAAGGCACUAAAUGUUUAACUGGUACAGUUAAUAAAUUUUUUUCAUAGAAUUUUGUAUAAAAUUCACUUAAGAGUGCAAUAUAGUUAUAUAAUUUAUCUAUAUUAUAAGAAAAUUUUCCAAAAAUGUUACAGAUCUACAAGCUAGUCCUUUAUAUCUGUUUAAAUGUGCCUUAUAAAAUUAGCUUUGCAAAAAUUGCACAUUUUUGUAAUCGGUUAUCGUCGCCAUUCUAUCAUAAGCUAUCGAGCGUAGAAUUUCUUGCUCGUGCCAGUUUCACGUAUGAAAUAUAGACUGGAGCGAGGAGUAAUUUUAUUAAUUCCAAAAAAAUGCACCUAAUUUGUUUUAUCUUCCUUCUGAAUAAAUUGUAAUAAAACGGUUCGCCGUCACUUAAGAAGCUGUAAAUAGCCAAACAAAUGCCGCUUUUUAAAUUAGCAAGCAUUUUAUUUGUAAGAGAUAGAAAAGUUUAGUUAUCAUAAAAUAUACUCGAAUUUAAGUUAUUUUUUUUAAUAUAGAUACGUAAUAAUUGUCAACACGGAUUGCUGACUGUUCACAGAACCAACUGCAAAUCUUCUGAUACGAAUACUAUGCAUAUUAUAAAUUCUUUUGGAUAAAUUUAUGAUUAAUGCAGUUUUAAAGAUUUAAAUCAAGGCUGCUGUAUUAGUAGAUAUGCCAGUGUAGAAUCUGCAUAACUUUCAUGAUAUUUUAUUGAUACCAAGAGCAGUUUCUGUUUAGAAAUGUCUCAUUCUGGAAGAAUAGUUGUAUCUUUUCAAUGUUUUAUAUUCUUGUCUUAAAAAGAGAAUGAACGAUCACGCUUCGUAGGCUUCCCAAUUAACUUUAUAACUUAAAGAUGAUUUUUAUAAGACAUAAAUCAACAAGCAAUUUUAAUAAAUAUAAUUUGGGAUAUUCGAGUCGCAGAGGCGGUAAAGAUACGGAUCUCAUAUUUUCUUCGGGCUCUUCCGACCGAAAAGGCCAAUUUUGUCGAAAGAAAAACAAAAAGCCAAUAAUACUUUCAGAUAGGAACACUUCAUUAUCAUUAUUAGCUUUUUCCAUAUCCUGCGUGAAGUUGCUAUUCAUUAUCCUUAUCAAGAGAGAAAGCAAACAAGAGGAAGUUUGUCUUUAUUCCUUUCUUUUGUUCACUUCUUCCUUCAGACUGGCCUCUAUACACUUCUUCCACAUUUUCAGCUUCCAUUGUUUCUUUCAAUUUCAAUUCUUCAACAAGAAGAAAUACUGUUCAAGUACUUAAAGUAGUAUUCCUAGUAUUCCUGUUAUCUUUUAAUUACUGUUAAAAAUUUAUAUACUGAUCUCUCAUUGUGUGAACAAACCUUAUAAAAUUCUAUCCUCCAAAAAUUAAUAAAAGG